CGUCUCCGUCAGGACGCACCGGAGGAGCAGAGCUGAGCGGAGUAGCAACAUGGCUGCAGAUUACUGGGAGCUGGAGGGAUCCGAGACUCCGUCAGACUGAACCGAGCCGAGCGAAACCCGGCACAGCCCGGGACGGACCCGCCCGGUGAGGUCUCCAGGCUGGCUGCCCCACCCCCCUCAGCUUCACGUCCCCCCCUUCCGCCCCGGCCCCCCCUCAUGGAGAGAAUGAGGAAGAUCAAACGGCAGCUGUCACUCACACUGGGGAGGGGCGGGGCCGGGGGAGGAGACAGGACCCUGAGUGACACCAUCGCUCAGGACGUGACGUCACACAGUGACUCAGAGGUGGUGUCUCUUCGGUCCUCCGGAGGCCUGAAGGUCCGAUCUUCGUCUUCUUCCGUUCAGUCUUUGCUUCAGUCGUACAGCAGCUCGCUGAGGAAGCCCCGCGGCCUGGGACGCAGCCUGAGCUCCUACCUGAACCACACCACCAGACUGGAGAUCGUGCACGAGGAUGUGAAGAUGAGCUCGGAUGGAGAAAGCGAUCCGGCUUCUUCCUCGGAUGACGUUCACAGUCCAGUUCGAGUUCGACUGAGGAACAAGAAGAUCUCCACUGAGGACAUCAACAAGCGGCUCUCGCUGCCGGCCGACAUCCGACUCCCCGACGACUACCUGGAGAAGUUUAACGUGAUUGGUCCGGCUUUGUUCGAGCAGCCAAUCAGCAGGCGGCUGCGUCGGGUCUCUCUGUCGGAGAUCGGCUUUGGGAAACUGGAGACGUACAUCAAACUGGACAAACUGGGAGAGGGGACGUACGCCACGGUCUACAAAGGUCGCAGUAAACUGACCGAGAAUCUCGUCGCUCUGAAGGAAAUUCGACUGGAACAUGAAGAAGGAGCUCCGUGCACUGCGAUCAGAGAAGUGUCUCUGCUGAAGGACCUGAAACACGCCAACAUCGUCACGCUUCACGACAUUAUCCACACACAGAAGUCGCUCACGCUGGUGUUCGAGUACCUGGACAAAGAUCUCAAGCAGUAUCUGGACGACUGUGGAAACGUGAUCCACGUCCACAACGUCAAGCUCUUCCUCUUCCAGCUGCUCCGCGGUUUGUCGUACUGCCACCGCAGGAAAGUCCUCCACCGAGACCUGAAGCCCCAGAACCUGCUGAUCAACGAGCGGGGGGAGCUCAAGCUGGCCGACUUCGGUUUGGCUCGAGCGAAAUCGAUCCCAACAAAGACCUACUCCAACGAGGUGGUGACGCUGUGGUACAGGCCUCCAGACAUCCUGCUGGGCAGCACCGACUACUCCACCCACAUCGACAUGUGGGGCGUCGGGUGUAUCUUCUACGAGAUGGCGACCGGUCGGCCUCUGUUCCCCGGGUCCAUGGUGGAGGAGGAGCUUCACUUCAUCUUCAAACUGCUGGGGACCCCCACCGAGCAGACCUGGCCCGGCAUCACGUCCAACGAGGAGUUCGUGGCGCUCAACUACCCUCAGUACAAAGCAGAGCGACUCAGUAACCACACUCCCAGGCUCUGCAGUGAAGGAGUGGAGCUGCUGUCCAGGUUUCUGCAGUUCGAAGGGAAGAAGAGGAUCUCGGCGGAGGAGUCGAUGAAGCAGAGCUACUUCAGUGACCUUGGGACCCGGGUGAUGUCGCUUCCUGACACGACUUCCAUCUUCAGCGUGCCGGAAAUUCAGCUGGAAAAAGAAACGGCGAGGUCGGCGGCGCCCGUGGAUCCAGCCAACAGUCCAAACAGGAGGCGGAGCCUGCUCUUCUGACGUCACUGGGAGGCGGAGUCUGACCUCCGGACGGCGUUCGGGGGAGGAGUCUGCUUGUAGGGAGGGUUGACAUUUCGAGGCGGAAGGCGAAGAGGCGGGGUCAACUUCUUUGACACCAUCAAGGAGGCGGAGCCUGCUACAGGAACCCUGAAGGACAAGAAGUAAUAAGCUAGCACGGCUCAGUUAGCUGAAGACGUUUAGUUACUGUUAUGGAGGAGAAGAAGGGAGCAACCAGCAGUGGCGAGUGGCGGCGAGGCGUCCGGGGCGUCUCCCACGGGAUCUGUCUUCCAUUUCCGACGCGCAGGUGAAACGUUUCAUCACAGGCUCUGGACAGGAUCCUGGAAAAACCCUGGAACUCAGAUCCGUUGGCAGGGAACACCUGGAAACGGCGUUGUCACGGUGACACAGGUAAGACGACGGUGUCACGGCUGACUCUGCAUGUGAGACUUUUUUUUUUUUUUCUUCACCUACUGCUGAAGAAAAGGUGGUUUUAAUAUAUGGAAUAUAACAUCAUCGUGUUUCGUAUAAGAUAAAACCUUUUUUAACGAUUCAAGCAGGGCAUCAAACCGUGAAAGGAGGCAAAGUUUCCCCGGGCGCCGUUUCUGUUUACACCGCAGGCUUGAGAGAAGGGCGCCGCGGGCGCCACGGGCGCCGAGGCCGCGGCUCUGCUGCUCCUUCCGGUGUUGGAUUUACACUCCAGCCUGCAGGAGAAGCCAUGUGUGUCCAAACUGAAGGGAAGAAAAACACUGACUUUGACUGUUUCCUUCUGAAGGCGUGACUCCAGUUUCUGCAUGUGUGUGUCGUACACUCAGACUUUAUACUGUAAUACUGUUCAAAUAUAUACUGUAAAGAAAAACACAGCCAGUAAUACUGUAUAUGAAUGCAGCGAUGCGGUCAAGGACAGUAAUACUUUCAGUCUGCAGUAUAUAGCUCACAACAGGAGUUUCUUUGACUUAUUUAUUUAUUGCUUUCGUGUUUACUAGAGAUCAGUGAGCAGUUUCCCCCACGGCAGGCCUCGUUUGAAAACCGCUUAACCGUCAAUAACCAGCCAACAAUCAAUCAACAAUAAGCUGCUGGUGAGACGGUCGUCCAACAGUCAGAUGACUGCCAAUCAGCCAUCAACGGUCCCACAGUCUUCCGUCAGUCGGCCAACAGCCUCGUGAUCGCCAUCUAAACGUCGGUUGUUACUGAAGGUCAUUUGAAAGUCACCACUUGUUAUAAAUUACUUUGAAGACGCUCCGCUGACAAUUGGGCUCUGAGAAGAUGUGCGGGGAGAAAUAUGGCCGUAGAUAUGUGUUAGGCUAUGAGCGUUAGCCUCUAUUGCAAUACCGGAUCCGGUGGAAAUACGGUCGUGUAUUGCAUUGGCAGCUAAUGCUCGUAGCCAUAUCUGUGGCCAUACGUCUAUGCUUGUAUCUCCUGCCGUGUGACGUAAUUUUCCGAUCCAGUUGAUGGAUUUAAUUGACAAAUUCUUUGUUUUCUCUCUCCAUCCUUUUGUUAAUUCCACCCUGAAGUAACCCCAGACCUUUCAGUUGGCUUGUCUCUGUAGUUUUGUCACAUGGGGCCACAUUCGGGCCCCGUUCACGCCACAGCGUUUCAGGUGGAAACGUGUCGAUUUUUUUAUUCAUGCAACGGCGUUUUCAAACCAACGUCCGUUUACAGGGACAAAAAAAAAAAAAAAAAGACAGAAAACUGUAGUUUUCAUGUUGGGCCACUAGCUGGUGCUGUUUGUUUUUUUUAUCCGCAGAGUUGGAGCGUUUUCAAAAAGUUGUAUUUCCCCCUGUUUCCACUAUUUCAAAAAGUUGCGUUUUCACUGACUGCGAGCAUCGCCGUCUGGUAAACCAAGGUUUUCCGUUCUCACAUCGGAUUAAUGUCCGUGUGAACGGAGCCUGAGAUUCUCCCUCUUCACAUGAAUUUAGCCUUUGCUAUGAAAAGCAGGGCUCUUUUUUUUCCCCUUUCUUUUUUUAAUGGUGCGUUCAUGCGACUGUGAAUUGCUAAAGCUGCCAACUGGGGAAUUCCUGUUUCCCCGUUUGGAGAGUUUUUCCUCAGCAGGUAAAUAACACCACAGAUAAAGACUUUAUUAUUAACUUGACGGCGUUUUGAGGUGUUUUCUGGUCACUUUACCAUUUCCCAGUUCCUCAUGAACUCACCAUCCAGGUUUUUUUUUUUCUAUCAGAUUUCCGAGUGUUGAUAUACUUUAAAACAGUUUGCUGUUGUUGCUGAUGUGAAGCUUUUCUUUUUUUAGCUGUGAAGAAAUAUUAGCAAUAGAGAAAUAUUCCUAAUAAGACAAUAAUAACUGAUCAGUGUUCGACUCAGAGGAAGCUGAAUUUUUAAUCUGCUGUAUAGAGAAGAACGAACUGUCACACACGUACGUGUCUGUGUGGGAGAGAUCAGACGUGACUGAAGGACGCCUUCUUCGUGUCAGCCGCUUUCAUCACUUCUCAGUGGAUUUUUCCCAACAUAAAAUCCUUCAAUAGCCAACCAGGAAGUUAUUGAUUAGCCUGUAAUGUUCAGCGUCUGCUCAUGUUCUGUCAGCUUUCAUGGUGCAGCACUGAGAAGUGGUGAAGCGCUGAAACGUGUGGAGGCCAGUCGUGUUUACAGGCUGUAAAUCAGAGUGUUUCCCGUAUUUUUCUGAAUGAAAUGUUAAUGCGACAGAGAGCGCCGAGUCACAGGUGGAGCUUCUGUCAGCCGCACCAGAGCAGAGGGAGGAAAACACAAAACGAAUGACUGUUGAAUGUAACUCCAAGCAGUUUUAUUGUGAUCGGUAGUUUAACGUUGACUGGGUUUACAAUAAAAACAAUGUGUACAGAGUGGUGGGUUAUCGAUUAGACGCCAGGCGCAGGUUUUCACUCUGCACGCCGCCGCAGUGUCGUCGUGGUCGUGGUCGCUCCUCAGCCGCUGCUUGGCGGUGCAGAAAGCAGCCUCUGCAGAGCUCACAUCUCCUCCGAGGUCACAGGGUCAUCUGCGUUUCACCCCCCCAUGUAUAAAAGGUGACAUUUUAGCUUCUUUCGCUCUCCAUUCUAGUUCUAAACACUAAAAUCAGGAGAACUGUGUCACACCCACCAGCACUGGAGGAGACGUGCAGAGGCUGCUUUCUCUGCUGUUGUAGACGAACUUGCUUCUUUUAGGUCGACACCAUACCAAAGUUAUCUGCAAUAUACUGCAAUGCAUGAUGGGAUUCUUCCAGAUAACUUCUAUGCUGAUUUCUUUGAAUAAUCUUCCAUUUGCCAAGAACGCGCAGCGACGUAUCUGAUGCUAUAAGGGUUCUGCGUGACUUGCAGUCCACGUAUGAAACAGAGUAUAUCCUGUUAUGGUGUACAAUUAUGUUUACUAUAUGUAUUCUGGAUAUAUUUACAUGAAAUAAAUAUACAUUAAAGUCUUUAUUUAUUAUCAA